GGGCACUAUUGUAGGAACUGGGGAUCCAACAAUGAACAAAACAGCCUGUAUGCAGCUUACAGUCAAUGGGGGGAAGACUGAAAACAAACCAAAUAAAUGAGAACAUUGUACGGUUUUAUUAUGGGAUAAGUAUUAUGGGAAGAAAGCAAAGAAAGAGAAAGUACUGGAUGAGGUGGGGAUGGCAACUGUUGAUUUGUCAUUUGAAAUAGAGCGGGAAGAAUAGACAUCAUUGAGGUAACCUUUGAGCCAAGAUGGAAGGAAGUGAAGACGUGAGCCAAGUGCACAUCUGGAGGAAGAACAUUCCAGGAAGGGGAGCAGCCAGUGCAAAGUCUCUGAGCCUAUUUCUUGUGUCCAGGAAACAUCAAGGAGGCCAAGCCUCAUGUGACCAGAGUCGCACGGGACAGGACUCCUAUGUCCUCAUGGCCAGCUCCCAGGCGGAAAUGGAGGAGUGGGUUAAAUUCCUUAGAAGAGUCGCUGGCACACCCUCUGGAGCGGUGUUCGGCCAGCGCUUGGAUGAGACCGUGGCCUAUGAGCAGAAAUUCGGCCCCCACCUGGUGCCCAUCCUGGUGGAGAAGUGUGCCGAGUUCAUCCUGGAGCACGGCCUGAACGAAGAGGGCAUCUUCCGACUGCCUGGGCAGGACAACCUGGUGAAGCAGCUGAGAGAUGCUUUCGACGCAGGGGAGCGGCCCUCCUUUGACAGAGAUACAGAUGUGCACACGGUAGCCUCCCUGAUGAAGCUCUACCUCCGAGACCUCCCAGAGCCAGUAGUCCCCUGGAGCCAGUAUGAGGGUUUCCUGCUCUGUGGUCAGCUCAUGAAUGCAGAUGAGGGAAAGGCUCAGCAGGAGUUGAUGAAGCAGCUCUCCAUCCUUCCUCGAGACAACUAUAGCCUCCUGAGCUACAUCUGCAGGUUUCUCCAUGAAAUCCAGCUGAACUGUGGAGUUAACAAGAUGAGUGUGGACAAUCUGGCUACUGUGAUUGGUGUGAAUCUCAUCAGGUCGAAGGUCGAAGACCCUGCUGUGAUCAUGAGAGGAACUCCUCAAAUCCAAAGAGUGAUGACCAUGAUGAUCAGAGACCAUGAAAUCCUCUUUCCCAAAUCCAAGGAUGCACCCUUGUCACCCCCUGCCCCCAAAAAUGACCCCAAGAAACCUCCAGUGGCGCGAAGCUCUGUGGGCUGGGAUGCCACUGAGGACCCUCCAAUUUCUAGGACAGAUAGCGUCGGUAACAUGGCCAGCGACUCAGAUGCAACCAGCCCCACUGGACAACGGCCAAGUGAUGGGUGUCUAGAAGACAAAGCAUCCAGGGAAAAGCCAGGAGAUUGGAAGCUGCAGUCACGAAAAAGGACUCAGACGCUCCCUAACCGGAAAUGCUUCUUGACAUCAGCUUUGCAAGGUGCCAACAGCUGCAAAGUAGAGAUCUUUAAAAAUGAGUUCUGGUCUUCUUCGGAGGGGAAGGCAGGGGACGGGCACAGGAGAACGAUGUCUCAAGGUGUGCCACAGUUUCUCGACUCCCAGCGGACUUCCACCUACGAUAACGUCCCCACGCAGCCGGGGUCCCCUGCGGAUGAAGCCGGUACACUAUCAUCCCAGGCCUGUGACUCCAAGAGUGAUGCUCUUGCCAGCCUAAACUCUGAAACCGGGCCUGGGAAAAAUAACUCUGGAGAAGAGGAACUUGAAUCUUUGCAGAGGAUGGUCCAGAAGCUGCGAAAGGAAAUAGAAACACAGAAGCAAAUGUAUGAGGAACAGAUUGAAAACCUUGAAAAGGAAAAUUACGAUGUGUGGGCUAAGGUGGUGAGGCUCAGUGAAGAACUGGAGAAGGAGAAGAAGAAGUCUGCAGCCUUGGAAAUCAGCCUCCGCAACAUGGAGCGCUCCCGGGAGGAUGUGGAGAGGAGGAACAAGGUCUUGGAAGAGGACGUCAAGGAAUUUGUCAAAUCGAUGAAGGAGCCCAAGACCGAUGCUUGAGCGUCCCAGGAGCACCACAGAGACAGCCUGCAGAGACCUAGCAAUGCUCCCUUUCUCGCUGCUAGCUGAUGACCAGGAAGCGAUAUUCCUCCCUAAGAACGAGAGGACAUUUUGGGGGGGAAACAUCACAUUUCCCAGUAGAUAAAUCAGUGGAGUUUGCAGGAGGAUAAGCAUGAGCAGGGACUUGUGUGGACAUCUCCGAGCCCCGGGGCUGUAUUCAAAGGGAUUGCAUUAUCCCACUGUGGUCUCAGGCUGAGUGAAGUGGCACCUCCCAUGGCUGAAUAGCUGUGUCCAAUGGAGACUCUGCUGCAGGCCACAUCCCAGGACCCAGGCAACGGGCUGACCCCAACAGAGGCUGCACUGAGGAGUUGGUUCUUUGUUUCCUGUGUGGGACAUUUCACCUAGUCAGAUGGCCUCCGGGUGUCUCUGAGACACAGGGGCCAAACAUGAUAUUCAGCUUUUGAUUUCUCAGCCGUGGUGGGCUGUGUUUUGAAGGGCUGCACCUACUGAAGCCGGGACCCCAUUCUGCCACCCGUCCCCCCGCCAUGACGCACAUUCUCCAGGGCUGCAAACUCAAAAUUAGUAUUAGGCAAAGACAAAACAAGCAGUAAACUGGAUUCAGGAAAGCAAUUAGAAAAUUAGAUUCAAAUUUAAAAAAAGCAGAGCUCUUGGCAAUCCAUACAACACCAUUAUGAGAGUAAAAGUCUCCCCUGCCUGGGGAAAGAUGUGCCGCUCUCUGGGCACAUGGCUUGAUGAGCAGGUCACGGGCUGCAUUCCAAUCCCACUUGCCUUUCAGGGGCCACGACUGCAUAGGGCAGGCCCACUAUGAUACAGCUUCCUUAGAUGCUAGUUGGGUGUUUAGAUAGUAACAGUCAUCCUUCUGCAUUAAGCCACCCUGGCCAAGGCCCCUGGUGAGGCCCCAGGCCUUGAUACGUAGGAUGGUGGAGUCUUUCGUGGUUUUUGUCAUUGUUCUAGUUAGGUGGUCUCCAGGCUCUUUUGACCAUGUACCCCAUCAAUAGAAAAUAUUUGAGCAUACAUUCCUCAAUAUAGGUAUAUUUAUUUAUUUAUAAAUUAUACACACGUACUACUGUAUUGCUAUAUCAUAAAACAUAGACAGGACAAAAAUUGAAUCAUGAUGAGAUAAAAACAAAUAUAAGUAGAUAUUCUCAAAUGUGCUUUUAGCUCUGGAAACUCCUGGCCCAAUUUCCCAGCAGGUAUUACCUGUACUAAGGUUACAUAGUUCAUCCCAUUACUCCCAUAAUUUUCUUGAACUCUUGAAACCACGUGGCUGAAUUAGUGGUUUGGAAUCUCUGGUUACCACAGUGAGAGUUUAGUCUUCUGCAGCACCUGUGUCUCCUCCUUUAUUCCUUUCUCUCCCUUCGUUUUCUGCCUUUUUCUCCUCCUCUCUGUGCUUUCUUCACUCUAGUUAUUCCCCACUGCCUGUGGCCGUGACAUAUUACUCACAGAGUGAAAGGGAUGGACAGGGGGUCGGUGUUUCUCAGUCCUGCUACCCAGACCCUGCUCCGCCCACCUCCAGCCCCCCAAGGACCAGACUGACAGAGGGCAAGGAUGAGCCCUAGAGCUCCUCGUAGAGACUUGCUUACAGCAGACUGGGGGCGGGGAGACUGAUUUGGAACAUCGUUAAGUAAAGCAAUAAAAUAUUUGAUUUCCUGA